AUGGUCACCACAAGAAGCAAGAAAGCGGGGGAUGCACAGCAGCAAGAGCCGGAGAAAGAUGCAUCUCAGCAACAGCCAAGUCUACGUCUGUAUCGAGGCAAUUGCCAUUGCGGAUCCUUCGUUUACGAAGCUGAGUUACCGGAGAUCAAGUCGGCGAUGGAAUGCAACUGUAGCAUCUGCCACAAGAAAGGGUACCUCUGGGUCUUUCCCACAGAAGGAAGCAAGUUCGAUAUUGUCAAAGGCGACAAGAAUGCUCUUUCGCAAUACACCUUUGGUGCGAAGAAGCUUGCUCAUAAGUUCUGUCCCACUUGUGCCACGCCUGUUAUGGGGGAGUUCAUUGGAGGGAACGGCAGAGCCUUCAACAUUCGUACCAUUCAAGGUAUUGAUGUUUUUGAGUUGGAGAAGCAACCGUACGAUGGCGCUGCUCUCGGAGACAAAUAUGCAUCUCCCAAACAUAACGGGCCGCUGCCCCCUGCCAUCGACGGCAGCAAGCUCUACACCGGCUCUUGUCAUUGCGGCGCAGUCACCGUGGCUUUCAUGAGCGAGCCGCUGGAUGAAACAAAUGACAAUGAAACAGCCGAGUGCAACUGCAGUAUCUGCGUGAGGAACGCCUACCGAUGGAUCUAUCCGAAGAAGGAACGAGUCGUUCUCCACGCCACCGAACCCGCCAACAUCGGCCGAUACAGCUUUUCGCGUCACGUCCUGAACAAGACAUUCUGCAAGAUAUGCGGUGUGUGCAUGACUAACGAGUACAACCAUCUCUCCGAUGAGGAGCGAAAGGCUAUCGGGGCAGUGCCAGCCGAUGGAUUUGGCGAGCGCAUAAAGGCUGGACACCCGGUCAAUUUACGUGUCCUGCCCGACGUGGACUUGAAGAAGAUGAAGCCCCCAGUCUUGAAGGAUGGGGCCAACAAGAUCUCACCGCCCUAUAAGAACCCUUAG